UUAUUCAUGAUCAAUAUAGUUGUUAGAAUUGUUGUUCUUGGCAUCUAUACAUUUGUUUGUUGCCCUUUGUUUGAUUUAUAUUUUGUUUUACAAUCAUUGAAUCUGAACAAGACGAUGAAUCUCUUCCUCUAUGGUUAAAAAUCAGGUAUUUCAAACUGCUUAUUUAGGUUUUUGUAUCAUUUUUUAAUUGUACAUUUAAUGUUUUUAGUUUUUUGCGUUUUCAUAAGUUUUUUAGGGUUUUGAUUUUAAUUUGAUGCUUGUCAUUUGAUUUUGCUCUGAUUGUUGGUGGUUUUUGUUGUAAAUGCUUAUCCCUUUCUUUGAGAGCUGACUGUUGCAUUUACUGUAUUGUAAGGUUAUAAUUUUUAAAUCUUUUUGAGAUGAUGAGUUUCAUGUACAUGUUAAUUAGUGGCGGUGGCGGAUUAGGAUACUUAAAAUGAAAAAUAUACAAAAUAAAAUACACGUUUAUUCCUUUUGAGUUUUCAGUAAAAAUAUACAAAAUAAAAUACACUUUAUUCCUUUAAAUUUGCUACUGAAAGUCGCAUAUUAUAAAGGAAAAUGUCACAUUUAGUAGCAAAUGCUUGUCUGACAAAGUUUCCACUGUUAUUGUGUUUUCCUAACCGGGAAACUGAUUUUUGAUUUCACAAUAUAAGUUGAAGUCAGCCUACUGGGUUCUCUUGUCCUUGACACUUUUCUUUGUUCCUCCAUGGCCAUCUGAUUUUGUCUUACUUCUGCUAUAUCCUUGAUUAGUCUGAUACAGUGUCACAUAAUUCUCUAAUUUCCCUCAAUUUGCAAAUCAAAAAAGCGAAUUAUAAUCAAUUUUGGGCUAUUUUUUUUAGAAGCUUGGAUAAUUUUCACGCAGAAGUAGUCAAAUUUCUUUUACAUGUUAUAUAAUCUUCUUACCCAUCUUCAAAAUGUAAAUGAUUAAAUGGUAGUCGAUAUUCCUCCAUAACUGUUGUAAGGUUCAACUAUAUCUUUAUGCAGCAAAGUUAUCCAGAAGCAAAUUGGACCCAAUGGAGGACUUGGAUAGAUCUAUCUUCCUCUGAAGGAGUUUUUGGAUGUCUCUAAGCAAGUGAAAUGUUGGUUCUUGUCUCACUCAGUAUUUGAAUGGCUGUACGAUUUUGUUGCUUCCUAUGUUACUCGGAUUCGUACCCGUGUCUGAUCCUUGAUGCUCGGAUAUCGGUAUGGCACUUAGACACUUAGGCACAAAAUUGAAUAUUUAAACGUAUCCGACACUUGAACACGUAUCAGUAUCCGACAUAGUACCCGAGUCCAAAUAACAUAAGCUGCUUGCUUCGGUUAGUUAGCCUACUCCACUCUAUCUUUUAAUAUCACCUUCCCACGUGAUAAUGAAUGGUAGUCAAUUUUGUGGGAAUAUAUUCUCUGAUCUUAGGGAAUAUUUUUCUGUUUUAGUAAAUAAUUAAUUUUCCAAAUUUGUCCAAUAUAUUAGGGAAUUACUGAUUUCACAAGUUUUGUAUUUCCUUAAUUAAUUCAUAGAGUUUGUAUAAAUUAGGGCUGUAAUUACAAUGGAAAUAAUACAAAACGAGUAUUCCUUUAACCCUAAAACUAGCUUUCUUUAAUUCUUCAUGGUAUCAGAGCUGUAAGGUUUAAUCUGGGAUUAACCUUUGUUCAGCAUCAUCCUUUACCCUCAAAACUUACCUGUAACAAUGGCAGAAACAAACCCAAACCAACUCAUAACCAUGGAACAGAUGGAACAUAUGUUAAAACUGUUUCAGCAACUAAACAAACCAAACACAAACCUAGAAACCAUACCAUCAGAAUUAAAAUUGGCCGAAAAGUUAAAUUACCAAAAUUACACAACCUGGUGCAAAAUGAUGCAAAUAGCCUUAGAGCGCAGAGGACGUCUCAGCCACAUCAUAGACGAACCUGCUAAUAUCACAGACCCUAAUUACCAAACAUGGAAGCAGAAGGAUUCAAUAGUCCUAUCAUGGAUUAUUUCAAACAUUGAUACAGAUCUCAUAAACCAGUUCUUAGAUUAUACCGUUGCAAGGGAUCUAUGGAAGGGGAUCGAAAUUCUAUUGAACAGUGGAAGGGAUGAACUCCAGAUCUUUGAUCUGAGUUCUCAAGCCAACAACAUAAAGCAAGACAGAGACCCAAUAGAGGUUUUUUAUGGAAAAUUGACCACGAUUUGGAAGGAGAUAGAUCGAAGACAACCAAAUCCCAUGAAACAUACUGAAGAUAUCACAAUCUUCAAUACCUUUAUUCAAAAACAACGAUUGUUUCAAUUUCUGGCCGGAAUCAAUGAUACAUUUGACAAAGAAAAGAGGGAUCUAUUGAAUCAAGACCCACUUCCAACGGUUGAAAUUGCAUAUGCCACAAUUAGGCGUGAAAUCUCAAGGCGAGGAAUUAUGAUCCAGGCUUCAUCAUCGGGAAAACAUCCCUCAGAAAUUGGGAGUGGGUUGGCCGUUAAACAAUACCGGUCAGAAACAUCAUACCGGCGUGACAAGGAAGACAAAACUCACCUUAAGUGUAGCUACUGUGGAGGAAGCCGUCACACAAAGGAUGGUUGUUUCAAGUUAAAAGGCUACCCGGAGUGGUGGGAGGAGCACCGACAACGUAGAGCCGCCACCAAGGCCCAGUUGAACCAGACCGGCGGCAAGGCUCACUCGGUCACCGGCUUACCACCCAUUACCAGCACACCAACCCACUGUACAGAAACAAGAGAGGGCAACAAUGGCGUUGAAGGAUGCCCAGACAGGGAAGAUUAUUGGUCGUGGUACUGAACGAGACGGUUUGUACAAUGUGGACGAGGCGAUUCAAACGGGUCACACUUUGCUUGCUCAUGGGUUCCCUAAUCAUCAGUUAUGGACCUGGCAUCGACGUCUAGGUCAUCCAUCUUUGGGGUAUCUGAAA